AGAUCUCGCGGUGGAAGAUGUUAUUCCGGACCUUUUUUGCAGCGAUUUUGCAGCCGAAGAUUCCGACCCGGGCUAAAAACAAUAGAUUCCGACGUUUAACGGAUCCGAAAAAUGGCGAGAGGAUUGCUACGCAAACUUGCCGGAAGAUCGCUUUCCCUCGCCGGGAAAUGGCAACAACAACAGCUUCGCCGCCUCAACAUCCAUGAAUACCAAGGUGCUGAGUUGAUGGGGAAGCAUGGGAUCAAUGUCCCACGGGGUGUAGCCAUUGGCUCCAUUGGAGAGGUGAAGAAGGCAAUUCAGGAAUUUUUCCCCAAUCAAAAUGAGGUUGUUGUGAAAUCUCAAGUGCUUGCUGGUGGACGGGGCUUGGGAACAUUCAAAAAUGGAUUUCAAGGUGGUGUUCAUAUCGCGAAGGCUGAUCAAGCUGAAGAUGUAGCAGGAAAGAUGCUAGGGCAGAUACUUGUUACUAAACAAACUGGAUCCCAAGGGAAAAUUGUCAGCAAGGUUUAUCUGUGUGAGAAACUGUCACUAGUCAAUGAGAUGUACUUCUCCAUUAUUCUUGAUCGUGCAACUGCUGGUCCUCUUAUAAUUGCCUGCAGAAAGGGAGGAACAAGUAUUGAGGACCUGGCUGAAAAGUUCCCUGAUAUGAUUAUAAAGGUACCCAUUGAUGUUUUUAAAGGCAUCACAGACAGUGAUGCAGCAAAGGUUGUUGAUGGUUUGGCCCCUAAGGUUGCUGACAGAAACGAUUCAAUUGAACAAGUGAAGAAGUUGUACACUCUUUUUUGUCAAUGUGACUGCACAUUAUUGGAGAUCAAUCCUCUUGCCGAAACAUCUGAUAAAAAGUUAGUAGCUGCUGAUGCAAAAAUGAAUUUUGACGAUAAUGCUGCUUACCGCCAAAAGGAAUUAUUUUCCCUACGUGAUUCAUCACAAGAGGAUCCCCGUGAGGUUGCAGCUGCAAAAGCUGACUUGAAUUACAUUGGCUUAGAUGGCGAAAUUGGUUGCAUGGUAAAUGGUGCUGGGCUGGUGAUGGCUACCAUGGACAUAAUUAAACUACAUGGUGGAACUCCAGCCAAUUUCCUUGAUGUUGGCGGGAAUGCCAGUGAAGGCCAGGUUGUGGAGGCUUUUAAAAUCUUGACCUCAGAUGACAAGGUGAAAGCAAUUAUGGUAAACAUAUUUGGAGGAAUCAUGAAAUGUGAUGUAAUAGCCAGUGGAAUUGUGAAUGCGGCAAAACAGGUUCAACUGAAAGUACCAGUAGUUGUUCGUCUUGAAGGAACUAAUGUGGACCAAGGCAAGAGGAUUCUCAAGGAAAGUGGCAUGAAUCUCAUCACUGCAGAAGAUCUCGAUGAUGCAGCCGAGAAAGCAGUUAAAGCAGCCACAAGUAGUUAAAUAUAUCUCAUUGGUUUUUCAUUGGCUUAUUGCCGGGUGAGUGAUUAAAUGUCUGAAUUCAUACCAAGAACAAGUGCAACUUAGGAACGUAGUACUUCCUAUCUAAAAGAGUCCUAUGUCGGUUUACGAUGUUUGACCGAAUUUAUUUUCAAUUCAAUAUAUUUAAAAAUUGGUU